AUGGACCUCCUCUGCAGUUGUGGACCAAAAGACCUGGACACUUUCAUCUUGCAGAAUCUCCAGCCCAAUAAGGAAUUUAAUCAGCAGGUGCGCAGUGCCAUCGACAUCAUCUGUGAAUUCCUGAAAUCCACUUGCUUCAGGGAUAUGACCCCUCCUCGACCCAAGGUGCUGAAGAUUGUCAAGGUCAGUGCCAGAGUGUGGGCAGGUUCAAAGAGAGAGCGAUGGGAGUGGGGAAGAGAACGAGAGUGUAGAUUGUUAAGGUUGUAGAUUGUAGGUUGCAGCUCUGUGAUGGGUAAGCUAGAGUUCCCAGAAUUCUUUCAGUUGUACACAGAGCUGCUAAGUGACUCUCUUAUUAAGGCGGGCAGAGGGUCCUCUUGGUAGCUCCACCGUCCUCAGAAGAGAGCCCAGGAGAGGACAUUCCCUGAGCUGGGGAAUUCCUUCCCCACAAAAGUGCCCUUUAUUAGUUUUCCAGAUUAAUACAAAUCAAACCAAAUUUAUUUAAUUUAACACAAUCUAGCCAAUUAAUUGGUUAAAUGUUGUAGCCCUUUCAUGAAUCAGGAGGGAGGACCCAAGAUGUUACAGUGGUACCUCGGGUUACAUACGCUUCAGGUUACAUACGCUUCAGGUUACACACUCCGCUAACCCAGAAAUAGUGCUUCAGGUUAACAACUUUGCUUCGGGAUAAGAACAGAAAUUGGGCUCUGGCGGCGGCGCAGCGGCAGCGGGAGGCCCCAUUAGCUAAAGUGGUGCUUCAGGUUAAGAACAGUUUCAGGUUAAGAACGGACCUCUGGAACGAAUUAAGUACUUAACCUGAAGUACCACUGUAUAACAAUGUGAGUCACGAAUCCCAAAAUGCAGAACGGGAAAGUCCACUUGCGGAGCCAGAAUGGGUGGGACCCACUCCCAGUUGGUGACACAUUGUCAGAGCAAGCCUAAUCUGUAGAUAAACACUUAAAUGAUAUUUACUUUUGACAGUGAGUGAGCCACUACCAAGUCUCCACUGAGCCCAGCUCCGAUAGUGGAUGGAAAUUUAAGGGAGAUAUGAGGGCCACUCUAUGUGGCUCUUGGAACUCCCCCCAGAUCAUUGUCAGGAGUUCAGCUUACAUUCGAGUAGGACCCUAGCAGAGACACAGGCCCGACUGGCAUGUUCUCUCCCUCCUGGUCGAUUGUUCGGGAACUUCAAAAGCUUUCUUCUGCCCGAACAUCACAGCGGCCGAUGCCAACAGACACCGGCACACUUAGGAAUCCUCAGAGUUUGCGCACCUUGCGUGACGCAACUCAGCAUUUUGGCUAAUCUACUUUAUUUACAUAUAAACACACACGGAGCACUGCAACAUGGCUCCCUCUCUCUCUAGCAUCAGACAGCAAAGAGAAAAAGAACAAAGGACAAUAGUCCCACUUCACGGAACACAGUAACACAAACAUCCUGUCUCCGUCACUUCCCACUCUGUGGAGUCAAAACAUACACCGUCAUGUGAUAGACAACAAUCCCAUGACUGCAAUCAUGGAGCAGGAAUUCUAACAAUCAUUCCCCUGGCUGGGAUGCAUCCUCGAAUUCUGACCAUCCCUUUCACUUGCCUCAAUGCAGGACGGGGUGCGUGGUGCGUAGUAACUUGCCAGUGUGGUGUAGUGGUUAAGAGCGGUAGUCACGUAAUCUGGGGAACCGGGUUCGCGUCUCCGCUCCUCCACAUGCAGCUGCUGGGUGACCUUGGGCCAUUCACAUUUCUUUGAAGUCUCUCAGCCCCACUCACCUCACAGAGUGUUUGUUGUGGGGGAGGAAGGGAAAGGAGAAUGUUAGCCGCUUUGAGACUCCUUAAAGGGAGUGAAAGGCGGGAUAUCAAAUCCAAACUCUUCUUCUUCUUCUUCUUCUUCUUCUUCUUCUUCUUCUUCUUACCUGCAAAGCUACCACCUGCAUUGGGUUGCCCCGCCCACUUUUGCCCCUGGACCCGCCCACUACUGUCUUGCAGUCCCAGAAUGGAAGGUGUCUAAUGGGUAGGACAGUGCAUAGCCUCCCCCACCCCAGUGAAUCUGCCCCAUGUCUCCCAUGCCCCAUUCAAGCAAACCUACACCCUGCACGAACCCAGGAUUUCCCCCAUUCUGGAUUGAGUCUGGAAUUAGUUCUCCCAUGAAGAGUCUCCUGCUCUACAGGGAGGCAUUAGAGUCAGGUGGCAUCAGGAUCCUACCUUCUCCUGAGAAGUUAGGUAGGUUGCGGCCCUUUCGGGGGGGGAGAGGCGGAACCUGAUGCAUGCCCAUCCUUCCUUCCUGAUGCUCCAUCCCCUGGCAACCCCAAACCUCUCUAGGUCAUUCAAUCCAACCUGCAGCGAUCUGUGGUUUGUCUGAACGUGGCUCAGCUGAUUCAGGCCUUGGAUGACUCAGGCGCAGUGGCGGAGCUUCAUGCUCUGGCAGGGGAGCAGAGAGCAGGUGUGGGUGUGGCUGGCGCACAUCCUGGGGGCAUAGCAUGCAUCCUGGGGGUGUGGUGUGCCCGGGGGGGGGACCGUGAUGGCACCCCACUGGCAUCAUGCCGCUGGGAGCGGUACGCUCCCCUCGCACCCCUCUUCCUCCGCCAGUGCUCAGGCGUAUAGCCCUAGCAAUGGGGUGGAGGAUUUCGAAGUGUACUUGCCCCCACGCAAAAGCCUGAUUCCAAUAUCUAUGUAUCACAGAGGGUUGGAGUAGAUGACCCUUUGACUCCCUUCCAACUCUAGAAUUCUAUGAUUGAUUGAUACGUGCGAAAUUGACACAAGCUAGAAAUUGACCAGCCUGGAAUCAGCCCCUGGUACUCAUUCAUCAGGGUGCAGGGAAACAAGGAUAUUCUACGAGGCAUCAUCGGAUUUCCCUCCCUAGGGUGGCUCAUCUGGCAGAGGCACAGCUCUGAAAGGGGGAUCGGAUGCUGACCUUGUGCUGUUCCUUGACAUCUUCAAUGGCUACGAAGACCAGGAGACAAACAGGUGGUUUAUCAUCCAGGAGAUUGAGAAGAGGCUCAAGCAAUGCCGGGAACGAAUACGGAGCGAUUUAGAAGUACGGAUUGAAAAACCAAAGUGGGACAACCCACGGGUGCUCAGCUUCCAACUUCGUUCUGGCGAUUUCACAGAGUACAUUGAUUUUGAUGUCCUGCCGGCCUUUGAUGCUCUUGGUAAGUCCACCUGCCUAGGGAUGGAGGCCCCAUUCACACCACCUAUGAUUUAAAACACUAUUGAUAGCACUGUGAGCAGUUAUGGCUUCCCCCAAGGAAUCCUGGGAACUGUAGUUCAUUAAAGGGCACCGAGAGUUGCCAGAAGUCCCUCUAAUCCCCUCAUGGGACUACCAUUCCCAGAGUGGUUUAGCAGUUGUUAUAAGAAAAAAACACAACUCCUUUUCCCUUAUAGGGUAUCCAAGAGCCUGUAUAUAAUCCUUAAAAGUGUUCGCUAGCGGUAGGAGAAAAUAACAGAGGCCAACCAGAGUAUAUUGAGAAGCAAAAUGGCUAGUAAUCCUGAUCUUUAUUCAAGGAACUGUUGCAACAGGGUCCCCACUCACCACACACAGGAAGGAGGUGAACCCUGAACAGUGGUGUGCAAGCCCUUAUAUAGACUUUUGAAAUUGCCCACCCUGUAGCUGAAGACCAGCUCCCCAAAACAUCAUACAUACAUCACAGAAGGAGGCGGUCCACAGCAGAAAUCCUGUUUUGCCAGGAUACCUGAUAAUGGUCACUGGUUGCAUUACCUGGGCAGCCUGGCCAUUCUUUUGUGAUGGUUCAUACUUAAUUCCUGAGUCCAGGUCACAGGCUCACCCUAUUCAUACACAAAUACGCCCUUAAGACAGGAUUUGUGAGCAAAGAGAUAAUGGGGAGGCUUUUCCCAUUUCCUUCCCCACUGCAGAGGAAUAUUUGAGGUCAUCGGGAGCGUCAAAAUGGCUUCAGGACUGCUCUCCUGUACUAUUUCAGACAAGUGGUUCAUAUACUUAUGUAUGUGUUUGCCUUGUACAUUUUUGAACAUUUAAUUUAUAUAUUUGAGACCUUAGAAUUCUUAUAACACAGUCAAUCCCACAUCACAGGGAACUGUAGCAAUUGUAGUUCUGCAAAGGAGAAUGGGGCCUCAGUACCCUUAACAAACUACAGUUCCCAGGAAGAGAAGCCAUGGCUGUUCAAAGGGGCAGGUGGAGCCUGAAUCACCUGCUACUCCUUGUAUCUGUGACCCCGUCUUUGUUUUGAAAAACAGGUCACUACUGGGGUGGCAUGCCUGACCCCCAGGUGUACAUCAGACUGAUUGACAGCAGCAGAGGCCAGGGGGGUCAGUUCUCUCCCUGCUUCACCGAGUUGCAGAAAGACUUCAUCAGGGAGCGCCCUGCCAAACUGAAAAGUCUCAUCCGUCUGGUGAAAUACUGGUACAAACAGGUACACACACACACAUUUCAGAUCAUGUGUGAAUUCAAAUUAAAAGCCUAGCACUGGAAACCAAGUGGGAGAACGGACACAACCCAAGACUAAAAAUGAGUACAAACUCUAAAAAUCAGAAUUCGGUUUAAAAACCUGCUGGAAAGGAAAGGUCUUCACUGAAGUGUCAGGACCAGCAAUCAGAGACGAUGAGAAUUAUAGUCCCAAAACAGCUGGAGACUCAAAUUUGGGAAACCCUGUUCUAAAGGAAAGCGUUUUGGAACACUGAAAAUGCCAGGUUCUUCAGUUUCAAGAGAAUAGGGUGCAAGUUCUGUUAUGUACAAUGGAACUUCACAUCAAACACAAUUUAAGUCUUUCCAAAAGGGGAUAUUGGAACACUCCAAAUCAUUUGCCCAUCUAUGUGUACAGAAAAUAGUAAAUCUAGCCAAAAGGCAACACCUGGAGAUCUGCACUGAUAACUUUGAUGCAUCCCUAAUUAUUAUUAUUAGUGUAUAAGUAUAAGAUGGUUGCAUAAUCUUAGAAGGGGGUAUGGCUGUGAAUUCUGGUCUUAAGCUGUAUAUCCCAUUCCGCUGCCUGAUCCUUUCAUAUUCUUCCAUUGGUGCUACCCAUUGUAUUGCUGUGGGCUAUACUUAAUAUGUUCUCCCAUGUAACUGUAGCUGCCGAAAUUGCAAUCGAAGCCCCCAAAGUAUGCACUCGAGUUGCUGGCUGUCUACGCCUGGGAACAAGACGGUGAGAGGACUUCUUUCAACAUGGCGGAAGGUUUCCGGACGGUCCUUUGGCUCAUCCAACAGUACAGAGACCUCUGCAUCUUUUGGACAAAGUACUAUGACUUUCAGAAUGAGACUCUCAAGAAAUACCUGCAUACUCAACUCCGAAAACCCAGGUCAGUAUUCUCUGUGCCUCUCUCUUAUGCGCUGCCAUUUUGCAGGUGAAAAUAGGGAACCUCUUAUGGACUAGUAACCCCUCCUAUUCCUGCACCAUGGAUCAAAUGAACAGCAACUCCUCCAUCUAUAUAUCCCAACUUUACAUCCUUCCCCAUAGAGUUUUCCUGCAUAGAGAGAGUUCUUUGAGCAAAUCUGUUUGGUACCCCCACCCCCAUUUUUUAAUUGAUUUUCCAAAAUUUUAAACAGAAAAGCAAACAUAAAUCAUAACUGAACUUAAUCCAAUCUUAGUUACAUUGUUACGUGACUUCCUCGAAUCCCCCUAGCUGAAUUUCAGUGUAUAUCAUUGUAACAGUUUUCCAAAACCAAUUUUUAUCGUAAUAUUAACUUAUUCAUUUAACAUCUUUCUUUCUUUCUUUCCAUUUUAACUUUAAACAUAUUAUUCUCUAAACAUCACCUACUUAAAUCCUAGGCCUAUCUGGUAUUUGCAAGUUUUUUCAAUUAAGUUAUCUUAACAUAUUUAACUAGAUAGUCUUUAAAUUUUAUCCAUUCCUCCUGGUACUCCUCCUCCUUCUGGUCGCAGACUCUUCCAGUCAGGUCGGCUAGCUCCGAAAAGUCCAUCAUCUUCAUCUGCCAUUCUUCCACUGUUGGAACUUCUUGUGAUUUCCAACUCUUAGCUAACAAAAUUCUAGCUGCUGUUGUGGCAUACAAAAACAAUCUAACAUCUUUCUUAGGCAAUUCCAGACCUACUAUUCCAAGAAGGAAGGCUUCUGGUUUCUUAAUAAAUAUAUAUUUUAACAUCUUUUCAAUUCGUUAUAAAUCUUCUCCCAUAAGUCUUUCACUUUAGGGCAGGUCCACCACAUAUGAUAAAAGGUACUCUCCUUUUCUUUACGUUUCCAACAUAAAUUAUCACUAUUGUGGUAAAUCUUUGCCAGUUUUACAGGGGUUAAGUACCAUCUAUACAUCAUUUUCAUAAUAUUUUCCUUUAACACCGUACAUGCAGUGAACUUGACCCCUUUCUUCCACAAUCUUUCCCAGUCUUCAAACAUUAUGUUAUGUCCCACAUCUCUUGCCCAGUCUAUUAUCACGGAUUUAACUUGUUCAUCCUUUGUAUGCCAUUCCAACAAUAAAUUAUACAUUUUAGAAAAAUUUUAACUUUAGAGUCCAACAAUUCCGUUUCCUUUUUUUUAAAAUGAUAUUUAUUAAAGUUUAAAAAAAAGAUUACAUUGAUAAGAAAAAGAAAAAUAGAGAAAAGAAAAAUACAAAAUACAAAAAAAAACACAAUUAAAAACAAUUCAAUCUUUUCAUCACUUAUCUUUCAUUUACUUGUUUCCCGGACCUCCUCAUGCCUCCCUUUUUUGUAUUCCGGUUCAAAUUAUUAGUUCAGCAAUUCCUUUCCCUCCUUAUUUUAUCCUAAUCUUUAAUCUUAAUAUAUUAUAGCAUUAAAUUUUGACCUAUUGAAAAUCCAAUUUUUCCAUAUUCUUUUACCAUUACAGCUAGAAACCACUUAACUUCAAUCCAACAUCAUUCUAACAUUCAUUAAUUUUGCAAUAUUUCUGUAAAUAGUCGUUAAAUUUCUUCCAAUCUUCUUCACCUACUCUUCUCCCUGGUCUCGGAUUCUGCCAGUCAUUUCCGCCAAUUCCAUGUAGUCCAUCAUUUUCAUCUGCCAUUCUUCCAAUGUGGGUAGGUCUUGUGUCUUCCAGUGCUUUGCAAUAAGUAUUCUUGCUGCUGUUGUAGCAUACAUAAAGAAAGUUCUGUCCUUCUUUAACACCGAUCGGCCGACUGUGCCCAGGAGAAAGGCCUCUGGUUUCUUUAAGAAGGUAUAUUUAAAUACCUUUUUUAAUUCAUUAUAAAUCAUCUCCCAGAAAACCUUAAUCCUUGGGCACGUCCACCAAAGGUGAAAGAAUGUACCUUCAGUUUCUUUACAUUUCCAACAUUUGUUAUCGGGCAAAUGGUAGAUUUUUGCAAGCUUGACUGGGGUUAUGUACCACCUGUAUAUCAUUUUCAUAAUAUUCUCUCUUAAGGCAUUACAUGCCGUAAACUUCAUACCUGUGGUCCACAACUGUUCCCAGUCAGCCAUCAUUAUGUUGUGUCCAACGUCUUGUGCCCAUUUAAUCAUAGCAGAUUUCACCGUUUCAUCCUGAGUAUUCCAUUUCAACAGCAAGUUAUACAUCUUUGACAAAAUCUUAGUUUUGGGUUCUAACAAUUCUGUUUCUAGUUUUGAUUUUUCCACCUGGAAGCCAAUUUUCUUGUCCAAAUUGUAUGCCUCCAUUAUCUGAUAAUAAUGAAGCCAGUCUCGCACUUUGUUUUUUAGUUUUUCUAAACUCUGCAAUUUCAGUCUAUCUCCAUCUUGUUCCAAAAUUUCCCAAUAUUUUGGCCAUUUGACCUCCAUAUUGAGCUUUUUCAGAGCUUUCGCUUCCAUCGGUGACAGCCACCUUGGGGUUUUAUUUUCCAAUAAGUCCUUAUAUCUUAUCCAAACAUUAAACAAUGCUUUCCUGACAAUAUGGUUUUUAAAUGCUUUAUGUUCUUUGACCUUAUCAUACCACAGAUAUGCAUGCCAUCCAAAUACAUUGUUAAAGCCUUCUAGAUCCAAAAUGUCAGUGUUUUCAAGAAGCAGCCAUUCUUUCAACCAGCAAAAGCUGCUGAUUCAUAGUAAAGUUUAAAGUCUGGCAGGGCAAACCCACCUCUUUCCUUUGCAUCUGUUAGUAUUUUAAAUUUUAUUCUAGGCUUCUUGCCCUGCCAGACAAAUCUAGAAAUAUCUCUCUGCCACCUCUUGAAACAGUCCAUUUUGUCCACAAUUUGCAAUGUUUGAAACAAAAACAACAUUCUAGGCAAUACAUUCAUUUUUACCGCAGCAAUACGACCCAUCAGUGAAAGCUUCAAAUUUGACCAAAUUUCUAAAUCUUUUUUCACUUCAGCCCAGCAUUUUUCAUAGUUGUCUUUAAAUAAAUUCCCAUUUUUUGCUGUCAUGUUAAUCCCCAGGUAUUUAACUUUCUUAACCACUGUUAAACCUGUCUCAUUCUGAAACCUCUCUCUCUCCAUUGGUGUUAAAUUUUUCUCUAAGACCUUGGUUUUUAACUUAUUCAAUUUAAAUCCUGCAACUUGACCAAAUUCUUGAAUCAGUUCUAAAACCCUUUUGGUACUAGAUUCUGGCUCCUGUAACGUCAAUACUAGGUCAUCUGCAAAUGCUCUCAAUUUGUACUGUUUGGCUCCGACCUGUAUACCUUUAAUCAACUGGUCCCUUCUUAUCAUAUUCAGCAGAACCUCCAGGACCGAUAUAAAAAGCAAUGGGGAGAUUGGGCAACCUUGUCGUGUCCCUUUUUCUAUCUUAAAUUCUUCCAUCACCACAUUAUUUACAAUUAAUUUAGCCUUUUGUUCAGAAUAUAUUGCACCUAUACCAUUUUCAAAACCUUGGCCUACCCCCAUACCCUGUAGGUUUUUUUUCAUAAAAGUCCAAGAAAUAUUGUCAAAAGCUUUCUCCGCGUCCACAAAUAUUAAAACUGCCUUAGUAUUUAUAUUCACUUGCAAUUUUUCUAAAAUAUUAAUUAUGUUUCUCGUAUUAUCAGAUAGAUGUCUUCCUGGGAGAAAGCCUGCUUGGUCCUUAUGUAUCUCUUCCACUAACACUCUUUUUAAUCUUUUAGCCAAAAUAUCUGCAAAAAUUUUGUAAUCCACAUUAAGCAAUGAUAUGGGGCGAUAGUUCUUAAGCUGCGUCUUUUCAGUCUCUAUUUUCGGUACAAGUGUGAUAUAUGCUUCUUUCCACGACUCUGGUGCCCUUUUCCCCCUCCAUUAUUUCAUUACAGACCUCUUUCAAAGGUUGUACUAGCCAUUCUUUUAGGGAUCUGUAGUAUCUAGAAGUCAGUCCAUCCGGUCCUGGAGAUUUACCCAAUUGCAUAUUCUGAAUGGCACCUUCUAUCUCCUGUUCAGUUAUUUUGUAAUUCAACAUUAAUUUAUUUUCUUGAGAGAUUUUUUGUGAUCCAUUUGUCUUCAAAAAUCGAUCUACGUCAGUUUCUUUCUGUGGCCCUUGUGUAUAUAGUUGUUUAAAGUACCUCUGGAAACAAUUUCUAAUCUCAGCUGGGUUCUGUAUGUUCCUUCCUUCCACUUCUAAAUUUGUAACUGUAUUUAAUUUUUGUCUUUUUUUCAUUUGCCAAGCCAACAAUUUUCCACAUUUAUUAGCCGACUCGAAUGUCUUUUGUCUCAUUUGUUUAAUUUUCCAUUCUAUCUCCUGAUUCAUCAUUUUCAUAUAUUGCACUUGAUAUAACUUUAUUUCUCUCAAAAUCUCUUGAGACUUUGGUUUUGCUCUCAAUCUUUUUUCACUUUCCUUUAUUUUCUCCAAAAUUUUAUCCUUCUUCUCAUUUUGGAUUCUCUUCUUUAAUGCAUUCUGUUGUAUCAAGAACCCUCUCAUAACCGCUUUACUUGCGUCCCAGAUUACUCUUUUUUCCACAUUGGUGCUCAUAUUUAUCUCAAAAUAGUCUCUCAAGGUUUUUUGGGCCUUCUUAAGCACUUCUUCAUCUCUAAAUAAGGUGUCAUUCAUCCUCCAUCUAAAGGAGCCAGUUGGUGUUAGUUUCAUUUCCAUCUUAACAGCAUUAUGGUCGGAGCAGGUUUUUCGGCAAAUUUCCACUUUUCUUGUCUUUGGUGCCAUUCCUCUAGUUGCCCAUAUUUGGUCAAUUCUUGUCCAUGUCAUAUUGGCUUCAGAAAAGAAGGUUCCUUCUUUAGCCAUGGGGUUCCUUGUUCUCCAAAUAUUAAUUAAGUCCAAGUUGUCUGUCAUCUCAAAAAAAGUUUUCGGUAGUCUACCAUCCUUGGUGACUACCUGUCUUUGUGCCUUGUCCAUAUGUGUAGAUACCACUCCAUUCAUGUCUCCCAUCAAAAUCAUAUUAUAAUCCAAAUAGUCCAUCAGGGUCUCAUGCAACUUUUUAAAAAAAUCGGAUUUCCCCUCAUUUGGUGCAUAAAUUCCUACUAUCAAAAAUUUUUCUCCUUGUGUUUGAAUUUCAAUUCCCACAUAUCUUCCUUGGUCAUCUUUAAAGAUAAAUUUCGGUAAUAAUCUGUCCUUUGCAUAAAUCACUACCCCUCUUUUUUUAAUCUUUCCAUUUUAACUUUAAACAUAUUAUUCUCUAAACAUCACCUACUUAAAUCCUAGGCCUAUCUGGUAUUUGCAAGUUUUUUCAAUUAAGUUAUCUUAACAUAUUUAACUAGAUAGUCUUUAAAUUUUAUCCAUUCCUCCUGGUACUCCUCCUCCUUCUGGUCGCAGACUCUUCCAGUCAGGUCGGCUAGCUCCGAAAAGUCCAUCAUCUUCAUCUGCCAUUCUUCCACUGUUGGAACUUCUUGUGAUUUCCAACUCUUAGCUAACAAAAUUCUAGCUGCUGUUGUGGCAUACAAAAACAAUCUAACAUCUUUCUUAGGCAAUUCCAGACCUACUAUUCCAAGAAGGAAGGCUUCUGGUUUCUUAAUAAAUAUAUAUUUUAACAUCUUUUUCAAUUCGUUAUAAAUCUUCUCCCAUAAGUCUUUCACUUUAGGGCAGGUCCACCACAUAUGAUAAAAGGUACCCUCCUUUUCUUUACGUUUCCAACAUAAAUUAUCACUAUUGUGGUAAAUCUUUGCCAGUUUUACAGGGGUUAAGUACCAUCUAUACAUCAUUUUCAUAAUAUUUUCCUUUAACACCGUACAUGCAGUGAACCUGACCCCUUUCUUCCACAAUCUUUCCCAGUGUUCAAACAUUAUGUUAUGUCCCACAUCUCUUGCCCAGUCUAUUAUCACGGAUUUAACUUGUUCAUCCUUUGUAUGCCAUUCCAACAAUAAAUUAUACAUUUUAGAAAAAUUUUAACUUUAGAGUCCAACAAUUCCGUUUCCUGGGCAAAUCUGUUGUAGGUUUAAAGUGAGAGUUGAAAUCCUGAGAACAGUGGUUCUCUGAGAGAUGCAGGAGAUCUCUAGGAUUGCCAUAUUUCGAAGAGCAAAAAAGACGACACAUUUGCCAACUUCUACUUUUAACUAUGGAUCACUAUGAGGACUCUACCCAUGAAAAGGAGGACGUGUCCUGGAAAUAGAGGACAUAUGGCAACCCAAUCUCAAACACAGGGCUGAUCCCAUUAUGGAAGCAAAGUGGGUGUCCACUCAGGGCAGGCUUUGCCAACCCGGUGCCCUCCAGAUCAACCAGAGCUGGCGGAUGGGAGUCGCAGUCCAAAAUGGUUGUGCUGGCUAGGGCUGAUGGAAGUUGAAAAACACCUGGAUGACCUGCCUUAAGGGUCAGUCACAUGUAUUGUGUAUCGAUUAAUUCCCCCAGAUCUGAGAUCAAUUUCUCUUUCUUUCGCAGCUGUGCCUUGGGAAAACCUGAUCUUACCCACUGAAUCAGAUGCCCUGUAAGCCAAAUCUAUCUUCGGAUUUUCUGCGCAUCUGUUAAGAUCUCAGUGUGUAAGAUCUGAGUUUUACAAGAUGCAGCUUGUGGAACAAAGAGAGAAGCUAUUGAACCCAGCGUAACCAAUCAAUCUACAAUACAAUCAAAAUACAGUGGUACCUUGAUUCUCAAACUUAAUCCGUUCCAGAAGUCUGUUUCAAAACCAAAGUGUUCCAAAACCAAGGUGCGCUUUCCCAUAGAAAGUAUUGCAAAAUGGAUUAAUCUGUUCCAGGCUUUUAAAAACAACACCUAAAACAGCAAUUAAACAUGAAUUCUACUAUCUAACAAGACCAUUGAUCCAUAAAAUGAAAGCAAUAAACAAUGUACAGUGGUACCUCUGGUUACGUACUUAAUUCGUUUCGGAGGUCCGUUCAUAACCUGAAACUGUUCUUAACCUGAAGCACCACUUUUAGCUAAUGGGGCAUCCUGCUGCCGCCGCCGCGCGAUUUCUGUUCUCAUCCUGAAGCAAAGUUCUUAACCCGAGGUACUAUUUCUGGGUUAGCGGAGUGUGUAACCUGAAGCGUAUGUAACCUGAAGUGUAUGUAACCCGAGGUACCACUGUACUGCAGUCACCAAUCAAUCAGCAGCUGAACAGUCACAAAAAUAAAAAAGCCGCAAAAAUGCAAAAUAAAUAGCAAAAACAGACAGCCCUCAGAGUAACACUCAAAACGGAAGUGUGGCACUCAAAUUGGAAGUGCAACACUCAAAUCAGAGCAUGUUUGGCUUCUGAAAAAGUUUGCAAACCUGAACACGUACUUCCGGGGUUGCAGUGUUUGGGAUCCAAGUUGUUUGAGUACCAAGGUGUUUGAGAACCAAGGUACCACUGUACAAGUCUAACAAAACUGGGAAUGAGCCCUUUCUGAUUGUGCUUGAAAAAGGGGCUUGGGGUGAGUCAGUGAACAUGAUUUGGCUAAAACUGGGAUCAACAGAGGUGUGGGCCCUGUGAGUUUUAUUUAGGGUCCCCUCGUUAAUCUAGUGUCACUGUUAUUUAUUCAACACUGGGAGAUUCUGCAAAUCCCUAGGCUGAGGUUGCUAAUCCUUUUCUGUUGGUGGGGUUACAUGCUUUGUGAGGUCUACAUGCUGCAGUGGGUGUGGCUAGAGUGGGUGUGGCUUAUUGGGACUGGUUGGGCAAAAGGCAGGGAAGCCAACAGUAGGUGGCGCCAGAGCUCAGAACAAGCAGAGCCAGAAAAUGGACAUGGUGAAAGCGAGCCUUGCCUUCCCACACUCUCAAACCCAUGAACACACAGGCACAUCACAAACAAACCAGCAUAUAUGCAGCAGAUCUUCAGUGUGGGCUUCUAUUCAAAUACAGACCGUAGCAGUGGUGGUGAGAGGUGAGGAGAGGUAUCUUUAUUCAGGGCUGGUGAUUCCUCAUCUCCUGAUACUUCUGGCUUCCCACAACCACCAUGAGUGGGUUUGGAGGGGGACCCUAUACCCCUCCCCAAAAUUGCUUGGUGGGAGGUGGGCCUGGCUUCUAGGAUACGGCUCUUUCGCUCCUGCCUGAGGCUAAUGAAUCUUUCCUGUCCCUGUAUUUUAGGCCUGUCAUUCUUGACCCAGCAGAUCCAACCGGGAACGUAGGAGAGGGGAAACGCUGGGAUCUACUCGCAGAAAAGGCUGCGGAUUGUGCUAGGCAGGCGUGCUUCUUCAGGAAACCCGAUGGCUCCAUGGUUCAACCCUGGAAUGUGCCGGUGAGGGCAGCAUAGAACCAUAGUAUUGUAGUGUUAUAAGAAAAACUGCUCCUUUUCCCUUCUGGGGUACCCAAGAGGCCGUAUAGAGUCCUUAAGUGGGUUCCCUAUCGGUAGGAGAAAAUAACAGAGGCCAACCAAAGUACAGUGGUAUCUCUGGUUGCGAACAGGAUCUGUUCCGGAGCUCCAUUCUCAACAUGAGCAGAACGCAACCCGCAUCUGUGCACGCGCAGGUUGCGAUUUGCCGCUUCUGUGCAUGCGUGUGACAUCAUUUUGAGUGUCUGCACAUGUGUGAGCAGCGAAACCUGGAAGUAACCCUUUCCGGUACUUCCGGGUCGCCGCGAGACGCAACCUGAAAAGAUGUAACCUGACCGAACGUAACAAGAGGUGUGACUGUAUAUUGAGAAGCAAGGCGGCGAGUAAGCCUGAUCUUUAUUAAAGUGUUGCAACAGGGUCCUCACUCACCACAUGCAGGAGGGAGGAGAGAACCCUGAACAAUGGUGCGCGAGCCCUUAUAUAGACUUUUGAAAUUGCCCACCCUGUAGCCCAGUACCCCCUCCCCAAUACAUCAUACAUACAUCACAGAAGAAGGCGGUCUCCAGCAGAAAUCCUGUCUGCCAGGAUACCUAAUAAUGGUCACUUGAUUGCAUUACCUGGGCAGCCUGGCCAUUCUUCUGUGAUGGUUCAUACUUAAUUCCUGAAUCCAGGCCACAGGCUCACCCUAUUCAUACACAAAUAUGCCCUUAAGACAGGAUUUAUAACUGAAAAGACAAUGGGAAGGCUUUCCCCAUUGGCCUCCCUUACUGCAGAGGAAUAUUUGAGGUCAUCGGGAGAGUCAAAAUGGCUUCAGGAUUGCUCUCCUGUACUAUUUCAGACACAUGGUUCAUAUAUUUAGAUAUGUGUGCAUUUAUGAAUAUUUAUUUUAUAUUUGAGACCUUAAAAUUAUUAUAACAGUAGAGUUGGAAGGGACCUCAAGCCAACCAUCUAGUCCAGCGGUUUUCAACCUGUGGGUCCCCAGAUUUUGUUGGACUACAACUCCCAUCAUCCCUGACCACUGGUCAUGCUGGCUAGGAAUGAUGGGAGUUGUAGUCCAACAAAAUCUGGGGACCCACAGUUGAGAAACACUGAUCUAGUCCAAUCCCCUGCAAUGCAGGAAUAAAUAAUCCCUGACAGUUGGCCAUCCAGCCACUGUUUAAAAACCUCCAUUGAAGGAGAGCCCACCACCUUCCGAAGGAUUUCGUUUCACUGUCCAACAGCUCUGAUCCUUAGAAAGUUCUUCCUAAACUUGAGUUGGAAUAUCCUUGUCAUUUGAAUCCAUUGGUUUGGUUCAUACCCACUGGAGCAGCAGAAAACAAGCCUUGCAGAUAUUUGAAGACGGCUCUCAUAUUUCAAUCUUCUCUCUGCCAGGCUAAACAUACCUAACUCCCACAAUCACUUUUCAUAAGGUUGGCUUCCGGGCCCUUAAGCAUUUUGGUCGCCCUUCUCUGCUCACAUUCCAGCUUGUCAAGUCUGUGCUGGUGAUAUGUGGCCCCUAAGUGUGGCCCUCAAAGAGCCACCAGCUCUCACGGACUGAGAUGACAGAAUGUGUGAUGUGGGUGACAUUUGCUAGGGACAAAGGUGGCUGGAAUGUGUUUAUUACUGGUAGUGCAGAAGGCAGGGAGGCCAACAGUAGGUGGCGCCCUAGCCAAGAACAGUCGGAGCCAGAAGCAGCGAUAUUAUCUCGGCUGAGUCCUAGAAGGGUAACACUGAUACUCAGGAGGGAGCUGGUGGGUGUGGCCACCCCUUGGACUGGUUGCAAGUAAGGAAGCAGGGGGUUUGUGGGGCAAUGCCCCAUUUGCCCUGAUGGACUGACCUCUGCUAAGUGAGGAUUUGCAAUCCAGGUGAGCACACUCAACAGAAACUCCAAUCUAUAUUGUCUGCAUUUAUGUAUCUCCUCCUUAUUCCCACCCAAAGUUUAAUCAUCCUCCAAGUCCUCCCCUAAUAAAAGCAACAGAUGGGGAAAAGGACGCUUUCCCCUCAAUUUUUGUACAGUACACAGAAAUGCUUUGUUUCCCCAACAUCUCUCCUGAACGGAACUGGAGUUCUUAGGGCCACAUUCACACUGAUGUAAACAAGCACAAUGCAUUUAAAGUGUUAGGACAACUGUUAUGUACUGAGUUGAAUAGGAUCCAAAAUGCAGCAGUUUGAUUGGUCCUAGAACAAUAGGAUUCAGAAUGCAGCAGUUUGAUUGGUCCUAGAACAAUGCAGCAGUAUAACUGGUCCGCAGGAGCCACCCAAUCCAGCUCCAGGUGGAAGUGAAUCCACAACCUGAUUGGCCUACAGGAGAAUUCCGGAAUUAGCCAAUCACGUGGGUGGGGCCCAUUGUGUAAAUAAUGUAUAUAAAGCAGACAUUCUGGGGGAACUUCCAUUCUUCCUCACCACUAUGAGCUGAAUAAAGAGCAUGAAAUCCACUCUCGACUCCAAGUAUAUUUCAACACCGUUUUAAACAGUCAGGGCUUCCCCCCAAAGAAGCCUGGGAUGUGUAGUUUGUUGAGGUUGCUGAGAGAAGAGGGGCCUCCAAACAUAUUUCCCUUCCAGAGCUGCUAUUAUUAUUAUUAUUAUUAUUAUUAUUAUUAAUAAUUUCAUUUCUAUACCGCUUUAUAUUUUAAAGAAAAAUCACAAAGCGGUUUACAGCAUAUUAAACAUCAAUAAAACAACCCAGAAUCAAACAUUUCUGAAGGAAGUCAGAUAUAAAGUAUACAGUCAAAGCAACAUAAUUAACAGGAAAUUAAAAUACUAUUAUCUUAAAGAUUUCAAAAUAAAACAUUACAAAGGAGGUCAACUGCAGAAUACAUAUUUAAAACAAACAAAGUCAACAAAACAAAAAAAUCUUAACCAUUUCAACAGAGUUCCCUGUGAAGAGGGGUUGACUAUAAACCACUCUGGAAUUGUAGCCCUGAGUGGAAUAGGGGGUUUCUAACAGGUCUUGGCAUUUUUAACAAACUACAGCUCCCAGAAUUCUUUUGGGGGAAGCCAUGGCUACUUGAAGUGGUGUCACAGUGCUUCUAAAUGGAUGCUGUGACUGUUGCCUGUGUUAGGGAUGUUUAUAAUUCCAGCAUACCUUGUGGAUUCACCAGGGAUCACAGACAGGUCUCUGUUUGCGAGGUGUAGAUUUCCAAAGCUCUGCUGGAUAAACCUCUGAGAGAGUGUUCCAGUAUUAAGUGGGGUGUAAAAUACUCGAAAUGUGGGCAAGUUGGAAACUACAUUUUUGUUCAUUUUCCUUCUAGCUGCAAGUGCCCUGGGAAGAACCGUACUCUUGCACCAUACUCUGA